AUGCUGGAGUCGACUUGCCGGGCCUGCUAUGACCUGCAAGGAGUCCAGCUCCGUCCCGCCCCGGAUAUUGUCAUGACGACCCACGAGGCUCGCGUGGAGGAAAGCGCACCGGAACCGUCCGAGAAUAUGAUGGAGCGGGCGGCACAGAGAAGAGCAGAAGUGGUAGAGGGGCAUAGAGACGUUCAUGCUGGAAACCGGACCGCAAAUCCAAGAGUGGAGGAAAUAUCAUAUUCCCGGCGACCUACUCCGGGGGGUGCUCUGCUGAGUGGCCCGAUAUCAUGGACAGCCCGUGCGGACGAGCGUGUUAGCUCUGGGGCUAGGCAGCUCAGGUUUGCAGAUCGGCUUAGGAGGCCUCCGGAACGCGUAGCACAGACGGAGACGGACUUGGCAAGUGUAGCAGAUGAAGGCGAGGAGGGUGUAGAAGAUCCACAGCCACCAAGUCAGGUGGAACAGGCAGACAAGUGGAGGAAGGCGGCUGAUGAUAAGCGGAUGGUAGAAGCGGAAGCCAAAAGAAGACGGGUUGAAGAGAGGCAACGGCGCCGUGAUGGCGCCACCGACUCUACCGUGCAUUUCAGGGGAACUGAAGACAUACGUCAAGCAUGGGAGCGUGGGGCACGAGCCGCUGCAAGGGCACACGUGGGUGUGGAAGGAGUAAAGGAGCUCGCCAGCAAUGUGCAGCAGCAUACCGGGGAGGAUACGGGUUACGUGAAUGUUCGCUUGCCCAGCGUAAAGCGGAAAGCGGCUGAAGAGGCCCGGAGAGAGGACGUCGACGACCCAGAGUAUUCGGGAGCGGCGCGCGGGAAGGCGCAGAGCAACGCGGGUGGAAAGGCUCAUAAGGAAGCGGGGGCAUCGCCGCAGAUGAUGUCGGAUGCAGAGGCACUGCAAAUGGCAGCAGCGCCGAAAAUGGCUGAAUCAGAGGCGCAGAAGGAAUCAGAGGCAGCGUCGCAGCAGAAGGAUGUCGCAGCAGCGCCGAAAAUGGCUGAGCCAGAGGCGCAGAAGGAAUCAGAGGCAGCGGGGCAGCAGAAUGAUAAGGCAGCAGCGCCGAAAACGGCUGAGGCGGAGGCGCGGAAGGAAUCAGAGGCAGCGUCGCAGCAGAAGGAUGUCGCAGCAGCGCCGAAAAUGGCUGAGCCAGAGGCGCAGAAGGAAUCAGAGGCAGCGGGGCAGCAGAAUGAUAAGGCAGCAGCGCCGAAAACGGCUGAGGCGGAGGCGCGGAAGGAAUCAGAGUCAGCGUCGCAGCAGAAGGAUGUCGCAGCAGCGCCGAAAAUGGCUGAGCCAGAGGCGCAGAAGGAAUCAGAGGCAGCGGGGCAGCAGAAUGAUAAGGCAGCAGCGCCGAAAACGGCUGUGGCAGAGGCGCAGAAGGAAUCAGAGGCAGCGUCGCAGCAGAAGGAUGUCGCAGCAGCGCCGAAAAUGGCUGAGCCAGAGGCGCAGAAGGAAUCGGAGGCAGCGGGGCAGCAGAAGGAUAAGGCAGCAGCGCCGAAAACGGCUGUGGCAGAGGCGCAGAAGGAAUCAGAGGCAGCGUCGCAGCAAAAGGAUGUCGCAGCAGCGCCGAAAAUGGCUGAACCAGAGGCGCAGAAGGAAUCGGAGGCAGCGGGGCAGCAGAAGGAUAAGGCAGCAGCGCCGAAAACGGCUGAGGCAGAGGCGCAGAAGGAAUCAGACGCAGCGGCGCAGCAGAAGGAUAAGACAGCAGUGCCGAAAAUGCCUGAAUCAGAGGCGCAGAAGGAAUCAGAGGCAGCGGCCCGGCAGAAGAAUGUGGCAGAGGUGCCGAGGACAGUCUCGGAGGCAGAGGCGCUGAAAAAGGAGGCAGCGGAUGCGGAGAAUCUCAUUGAGGCAGACGCGCGAGAUAAGGCGGAGGCGGAGGCGCAAAACAGGGCGGGGGCAGCUGUACCCAAGGAGUUUGAGGCAGCUGCGCGGAAGAUGGCAGGUAGAAACACACAAAAGAAGGCGGAUGAAGAGGAGCGGAAUAGGGCAGAAGCAGCGGCGCGGCAGAAGGCGGAAGCAGAGGAGCAAAAACAGGCUGUGGAAGAGGCGCAAAAACUGGCUCGGGCAGAAGCGCAGAAAAAGGCGGAUGAAGAGGCGCGGCAGAAUGCGGAGGGUGAUGCGCAGACGAUGGCAGAGGCCGAGGAGCAGAAGCAGGCUGAUGGUGACGCACAUAACAAGCCAGAUGGAGAGGAGCGGGAAACGACGGCAUCAGAACAGCAUGAGAAGGCAGAGGGACAAUCGCAGAAGGGUUCAUAUGGGCAUAAAAUGGUACAAGCAGAGGGACAGGAUACGGCGGGUGCUGAGGAGCACAUCAUCGCAGAGGCAGAGGAGCAGCAUAACGAGGAGGCGGCUAGAGGGAGGCACCCAGAGGGAGACGCGCUGGAAACAGAAGAGGAGCAGGCUGAGGAGGAUACGGUACAUCCGGCAGUCCGGAUGUUUUUGGGAGGAAGUCCGACGCGGGAGCCAGGAAUUGGGGUAGAGGGGGCAUGGAGGGUGGCAGAUGAUGGGGCGCCUAGGGAUACAGUGGAUCUCACAAGUCAGAGGCGGGCUGACCGAAUGCGAAGCCUUCACCAGAGAGCAGAGGACAGCAAUCUCGGGCAGGAAGGGGUGGCAGAAGCGUGGCAGGAGGUAGAGUGGGCCGAGGCAGAGGCGGCAAUACGGCGGAUGCUGCAGCGCACGACUACAGUCCUGGUUCAAAAUGGUGACAGGUUUGUCGAGGGAGAAAGCUGGGACAUAAGCCCAGCAGAGGUAACGCGUCGUCUGACGCUCUUAGCCCGAAUGGUAACGCAGACGUUCUGCAACUUGGCGGCCCACAACAGCAGCAUCAGUCGUGACGUGGCCGAUCUGACAGUCCAUUACUGCCGUGACGCCCUGGCCAACCUGGAAGAGGUCCGCCAUGGAAACGAGGAACGCAGGCGCCAAGCAGAAACGGCGGCCAGGUUUCGCGAGCAGAUGGACACGAGACUCUCCAACUUGCUGGAAAGUAUACAAAGGGUGAGUGAUCAGGUUCGCAAGUCGGGAGGGGGGAUGCCGGAGAGCACAUUAAAGGGGGUGGAAGAGAGGUUGAGAGAGGUUCUGAGAGAAGACUCAGAGCGGCGGAAGAGGGAUAGACUGCAAGACGAGGAGCGGCGGCAGAAGGCCACAAGGAAGGAAGCAGAUGCUGCAGAGAGACGGAAGAAGGAACAACAGCAGGAGGAAGAGCGUCGGCACAAGGAGAUGAGAGAGGGAAUGAAGGCGAUGAUGGAGGCGAUGAAGAAGGAGAUGAAGGCAGAAAUGAAGGAGAUUACGGAUGGGAUGGUAAAACAGAUGGUGGAGAGGGUGCGCGAACAUCUUCGAGAGGAAGCGGAACGGCAGGAGAAGGCGAGGCAGGAGGACGCGGAGCGGUGGAAACAGCAGGACGAGAAGAGGAAACAGGCAGAUGACGUGGAGAGACAGAGGCAGAAGAAACAGCUGACCGAGGCAGCCCGGAAGGAGGAGGAGGAGAAGAGGAUGGAAGCAGAGGCCACAGAGCGGCGGAGGAAGAAGAAACGGCUGGACGAAGACCGCCGGCAGAAGGAGAUGGAGGCGGGAAUGAAGGAGAUGAUGGAGGUUGUAAAGGAGAUGAACUCGGGGAUGAAAAAGUGGAAGGAGGGGAUGCUAAGUGAGGUGGAAAAGCGGUUGUCAGAAGUUCUUAGAGUAGACGCAGAGCGGCGGAAAGCGGAGAAACAUCAGGUGGAGAAACAGCGGCAAAAGGAGGAGCAGAUUAGGAAGGCAGCGGAGGGAGAGCAGCGACAGAAUGAGGAGGCGCAGAGGAAGGAGGCAGCGGAGGCCGAGGGGCAGGAAAGGGAGAAACAGGAGGAGAUGGAGCGCCUGCAGAAGGAGGAUGCGCAGAGGAAGGAGGCAGAGGAGGCCGAGCGGCAGAAGACGGAGAAACCGCAGGAGAUGGAGCGCCUGCAGAAGGAUGCGCAGAGGAAGGAGGCCGAGGAGGCCGAGCGGGAUCAGAGAGAGAAACAGCCGGAGAUGGAGCGGCUGCAGAAAUUGGAGGCGCUGAGGAGAGAGGCAGAGGAGGCUGAGCGGCAGCAGAGGGAGAAACUGCAGGAGAUAGAGCGACUGCAGAAAGAGGAGGCGCUGAGGAGAGAGGCAGAGGAGGCUGAGCGGCAGCAGAGGGAGAAACAGCAGGAGAUGGAGCGCCAGCAGAAGGCGGAGGAGCGCCGAGCAGAGAAGAGGGCCAAACUUGCAUCCUACGCGGAACAGCAGCGGCAACUAGAGGCCAAGGCAAAGGCUAUGGCUGAAGAGACGGAACGUUUGGCACGGGAGAUGGAAGAGGAGGAUUCGACCAUGGAGGGGGAGGGGACCGGGGAAGGAGUCGAGGAGGACAUAGCACAUGGCAUGGAUAUGGUGCUGGGAAGCGGGUUCUCUCAACGGGGCGAGGGAGCAUUGCAGAAAUGGACGUCGGAGCAGACCGUCGGCGGCCGGAAGCGGAACCUCGGCUCUCACAAAACGGUGUGGGAGAGGGCUUACACGGUCGCAGUCUGUUGGAAGUUCUUCUUCCCGAACAUUGACAUGCAGGCAUACGGAAUGAAUCCAAACCGUAUAAACAAGUGGAGGGAAGAUCUCGACUUCACCACAUGGCUUCCAACAGGGGUGUGGAGCGUCCUCAACGAGCUCCACCUCGACAAACCGGACGGAUUCUCACUCGUUCAAACCAACACGGCUCAUCGGCAGCAGCAAGGGGAUGGCUUUCAAGUAGCUGCCUGCGCUGGUGUUGGAAUAACAGCGUGGCAGAAAAUCGUGGGAGGCGUGGAGGGUGAAAACGGCUAUUCGACAGAAGAACACGCAGUCGGCCUCGCCGCCACGUUAUCUGUACUGUGGGAUGCCUCCACGAAUGUGGACCGAACCCAGUGGCAGACGGACGCAACAUCUGCUGCGAGAGGAACUUCUACGGCCAUAGCAACUUCUACUGCCAACUCGGUCCCUGCUGCCACCGCCUCAUCUGCUGCUGCGUCAUCUUCUGCAGCAGCCGUGUCAACUGCCGCCCUCGAUGCCCUUGUGACGCUUGCAGCCUCGGUUGCUUGCGUUGCGGUAGAGGCAAUGAAGUCGAUCAAUGAUCAAGAGCAUGACAAGGAAGCGUGGAUUGUGCCCCUGUCGAAUGCGCUGCUGAAAGCGCUUCCGGCAGAGUCGCAAGCGGGUGGAGAUAAGAAGCGGAUGACGAGGGUCGUGGCAAAGGUGGUGACCGCUUGGUGCCUAUGCAGCAUGGCAUCAAGAGGGCUUCGCCAGCACCAGGGCGUCGGCCUCGGAGUCCUGCAGAAGAAAUUGGGCAGCCGGGACACUACAACCGGAUCGGAUAAGGAGAAGAAGACCAGAAAGUCGUCCGCGAAGGGGAAGGCGGCAAAGGAGGCGUCGACGGAAGAGAACACCAGCCCCGGCGUGCAGGAGUGA